AUGAUGAAAAUAUAUUUUCCAUUUUCCUCUUUCUUAUUAUUAUCAUCAAUAAUUGGAAAUCUUUAUUUAUUAGAUGCUUUCGAAAAUGGACGACAAAGAGAAUUAUUAAAAGCUGUUGCUAAAGUAACCAGUCCUGAUGGUUCAAUCUAUGGAUUUGGUACUUUUUCCCAGGAGUAUAGUGCUGAUGCUCAGACACAUAUUAAAGUUAAGAUAAAUGGUCUUCCAAGUGGUAAAAGUUUUGGUAUUCAAAUUAGAGAGUGGGGUAAUUUAACAAGAGGUUGUGAUAGUAUGGGUAAUGAAUUUAAUCCUGAUAAUAUACAAACUCAUAUUGGUAUUCGAUUUCCAGCACAUAAAGUAGGAACACUAGGUAACAUUAUUGAUGGAAAGUUUGAUCAAUGGAAUGAUAAAGUAACACUUUUUGAUAGAAAUAAUGUAUUUGGUAGAGGAUUAGUUAUCUUUGAAAAUCCUGAUGAUGGUGGAAUGAUUUCAUCUCCAAAUAGUUCAAAAGAUGGUAAUGUUGGAAGACCUAUUGCUUGUGGUAUUAUAGGAAGGUAUGCAGCUAAAUUUCUUAAUGACUUUUAA